GGUGGGAGUAACUGUAUUCCCCUCAAUUUCAAUUUCCCCGACCUGGCCACACUGGCUGUACUACUGCAUAGGCGUAAAGUUGCAAGUUUGCAGCUAUCAGUUUAUUGCUAUACGCGGAUCAUUGAAAUUAGUGUUAUUUACGAAGUUAAAUAUUAAAAAACUGGUGUAAUCGAAAUAAUCUGUGGUCAUUGCGUGAACAAAGAAUCGAGGAAAUCAAGACAGUAACACCUCAAUAUAUUAAGCCAUGAUUGUCGAUGUAUGAAAGGUACACCAGAUGUGUCGCAAAGUUCGCGCAAGAUGUCUGUGUUGAAAAUUUCUCUGGCUCAAGAAAACACAUGUUCACAAGUUUAUUCGAGACUGCACGACAUUCGUUUAAAUCCGUGAACCCGAACGUGACAGGCAAAUUACAGAUACAAAGUACAAUAAGUGUGCACUCUAUAGCCAUCGUCCAGCUCUCGCCUAAACAACUUCUUUCUCGGAGCGAAUAAAAUAAAGCCUUAACAACAAACAUUAUACGUGCAAUCAGCCGCUUCUCUAAGAAUCGACGGUACAUUGCCAAUUAAUUAACAAACAUGUAUAAAUUCAAGCCAUUUGUGUUUAAGAAGCACAAUGCGAAUAGUGUCGAGCGUCCGAAAGCGAGAAGUGGACACAGAAUAGUUUGUGAUGAAAAGUAUUUGUACUCUUUUGGCGGUUUCAAUCCAUGCAUUUCCGACAGUGAUCCUGAUAUGCAAAAUGAUCAAGUAUGGAUUUCCAGUAAACCAUUGUUUAAGGAAGUAUGGAAGUUCAAUCUUAUUUCACAACAAUGGACCCGUUUGCCAGGACAAGAAAAUAUGCCUAAGGAAUUGGCAUCCAAUGCUGUUAUUUUAACAGGCAACUUCUUAAUAGUUUAUGGUGGGUCUGGUGUUCCAUUUGGAUCAAGCUGUAGUAAUAGCCUUUAUCUAUGCAAUUUGAAAGACGGUAAAAUGCAUGUCAUUCCUGCAUAUGGAGAUCUACCAGAUCCUCAAUAUGGACAAGCCGUAAUAAGUCAUGGAUCUUAUUUGUAUACUGUUGGUGGCACCACGGGAUACGAAUAUACUUGUGAUAUUCAUAGAUUCGAUCUUAGGAGUGGUAUUUGGGAGAAAGUUUACAUAUGUUCAGGAAGUGAUCCUAACGAACCCACUGGAAGGUAUAGACAUGAACUAGCAUUUGAUGGAAAACUUAUUUAUGUUUUGGGUGGAGGAACUGGCAUAGAAGCAUUUGGUUUUUCUGAAAUUCCUGCUUUUGACUUGAAAAUGAAUAAAUGGGUAGUAUUAAAUACAUGUGGUGACAAUAAGGAUGCUUCAGUACCAGAACCUAGACGCUGUCAUGGUUCUGUUCAAUAUACAGAUGAAAAAACAGGUGUCAUUUAUGCAGUAAUUUCUGGUGGAUGUAAUAAGGAUCAUGUCUUCUCUGAUGUAUGGAGAUUAGACCUAAGUCUACUGCAAUGGACAUGUUUAAGAAAAUGUAUAUUACCAAGCCCUGUAUAUUUCCAUUCAGCAGCUCUUACUCCAGAAGGACGCAUGUAUAUAUUUGGUGGCUCGAUCAAAGAGAAUAAUAAGGUAACAAGAACAGAUGCUGUACAUUCAGUGUGGCUAAAAAUUCCCAAGUUAUCUGAGAUAUGUUUUCAAGCGCUAAUUCAUUAUUUUCCACAUUUAUACCGUAAGUCACCUCAAGAACUUCUUGGCAUAGGUAUACCUUUGAAAUUUGUGCAAAGAAUUGAUUUUCCUAAUUUUUAAUACUAGCUGAAUAUUUAAAACUUUAGCACUCUGACAUAUUGUAAUUGUUGAACAUUAUUGCCAUAAUUCAUUUACGAUAUUUUUAUAAAAAAAAGACGUGCAUAGCGUAUUGGGCAAUUAAUAUGAUAAAAGUUAUUAGUAAAUCAUUGUUAAAUAUACUUUUAGUGUACACUUUGCACAGACAUUGUAGUAAGACAAAUGUGUAGAAUGUCUUUCUGUUCUCUCUAUACUUUGCUGCAAUCUGGAAGAAUUAAAUUAAUGAAUUCCUUAUAUUUUUCUAAUUACGUUUAUCGUGUAUAUUUUACAUUAUAUUUUAUAUUAUAUUUUUGGCAAAUAUGCUCACCAAUUCAUGUCUUAUCUGAUGCUCACAACAAUCAUAAUUACAGUAAUAUGCGUAAGUUUCUCCUUUAUACGCAUUGUGAAAUCUUCUUUACUAAAGUUUACUCUGUCUUUGUACAUAUAUAUAGAUGUAAAUAAACAAUAACAGAACGGCAUCAGACAAAAUUAGUUGCACACUCAACUAUAAUAUAGAUUUGACUUGAAAUAAAAUGAUGAAAUAAGAUUGUACUAAAAAAAAAAGCAUAAAAAAUUACUGACUUACUCGAACUAUUAUAGUACUUCUGCAAUCUAGUAUUGAAAAAUAGAUUUAUAUGACAUUAUGUUGACUAAUACGUAACUACUUCCGUUCGGAAAUUGCGUAAAAUAAUAAGUAAAUCUCUUCUUCGUUUUAGCAGUAAGUGAUUGCUUUUUUUUACAAGAUGAUGUAAUUUAUGGUUGUUACAAAUAAAUUAUAGUUUCGACUUCGAGUACGGUAUUAACUAGAUACGAAAUUUUAUACUGAUAGCUAAGAUUCUUUUAAUCAAUUUGUUGGAACAAAGUAUAUAUACAUAUAUCUAUAUAUAUUUAUUGUACAAAUUGUACGUAAGGAUUCCUAAAUCUAGCUCAUACACAAAAUAUAUUUUUGCAAUAGGUAAUUGUGCACUAAUUUAAAAUUAUAUUUACAAAAAUUGUCAGUUCUGUAAUAAUGUUACGUUUCUGUAAAUUGUUCGAUAAAACAUGGGCCUGCACGAGAACGGGUCAUUUUUAUGAGAAUAUUACCGAGGGAGAAGUUAUUUAAUACUUAUUUAUUAUCCGUAACGUAUUACGCACUACUUUUUUCAAUAGUGACGGAAGUUUCGUCAUCAAAUAUGUUGCUGUGUUACGUUCAAUUGUACGCGAGACUUUUUCUUGUAAAUACAUUGACAAAAGCAUGUCUAUGCGACGAAUUUUUGCUUAGAAAACAGUGUUGAGUCUUUCAGAAGAAUAUCAGUGAUAUUUCAUCGGACGUUUAAUAAUUUUAAUAUUAAGAAACGGCGGGAUUUGAUCGAAAGGACGGAUUCAGCGUCGAGAAAAUGUUUAAAUAAACAAAAUAGAAUGGAACGAAAUGAUAUUACUGCUUCUUCUCUUUCUUCAGCACAAAAGUAACACGAGACACGCGAUAAUAGAACGCUGCCUUUCUCCGCAUUCGCAGUUUUUCUCGAGCAAAAUUUCAUAUCAAGCAGAAUGUGUGUUGCGUACCAAUUUCAGAGUACAAAAUAGUUUAAAAACAAUUAUUUUGUUAAAUACGCAAUGGUGGAUACGUCUAAUUAUUCUUAGUGGACACGUGUGUCAUGUAACGCUUGGACAACGAAGCCUGGAUCCGUUUAGACUCAAGAUUUAAGGAUUUUCAUUUGUUCCAUGACUGUACGAUACUUAAUUGUCUAAACUCUUAAUUGUUUAUAUUAAAUCUAAUAAAAGAAGUAGACGUUUAACCUUUAAGUAGAGUCUUAGGGGUCUAAGUGGACCUAAGCAUCGUUGCCUGUGCAGCUAAAAAUAAGAACAAGAAUGUCGGCGCUUCGAGGAUUGAACGGGAACUCAGAAAACAAAACAUGGCAAAAAAAAAGACGGCAAGACAGCUGAAUCGCGCGCGAAUUGUGUACGGAACACAAAAGGAACUUUUGCCUUAAAGUUAGACAAAUUAAAACACGGUAGUGAAUGUAUAAGACUCGUUGAGAGCACUUAUACGUAAGUACUUGUUGGUGAAGGUCCAGUGAGAUGGUAAAUCCAGUAGCAAUGAUGUGUUGCUUUUCAAAGACCUUCAAAACUUGAAUCUCCUUUCCUCCGUUGUGUUUACCGUCUCACUCUAAUAUCGUUACCUCCAAGUUCUACCCCUGACAGAAAGUAUUUAAUCGAAGUUGUUAACGUAACCACCGAAGAAAUGAUUUGCAUACAUAUUACAAACGGAAAUAGAAUAGACGAGUUAACGAUAUUAACAAGAAAUAUUAAUGAAACGAUGAAUGUUCUUUUCUCUUCAUGAAACAUGAAAUAAAUAAAAUAUUCUAACAAAACUGUGUGAGUAGCAAGACAAGCAUUAAAACACUUUUAAUACUCUGAGAAAAGGGGGUGACUUAUACCGUAAUGCUCUGUAUUUUGUAAAUAAACAAACAUGUUCCUUUUUAUACUAAUAUCUUGUUUAUGCGAGGCAACUGACUCCAUUGUGUGUUUUUUUAGAUUAACGCACGAUACAUGAAAUCAUUUUUUGCAACGAACGUUUAAUUUGUUGGAUGAAAUACUUUUUGCCAGAGGUAGCAGAACGAUUGUUAAACGAAACCACGCGCAUGAUUAAUGCUUACAUAUAUACAGAGAUUGUUUCUCAUUCUCAUUGUUUUAUCGUCGGUACUGUUUAUUAACUAAUUACUAAUAGGUAUCCUUUACUGACAGUGAAUUGUAAAUAAUUUUGUUUUCACAAUGUCAGCGAAACGUUGGCAUCAAUUUUUAAAUGGGACGCGCGGUAUGCAAGAACCGAAAGCUUUCACACCCUAGUUAGAAUUAUUGUAUACUAAUUAGACAGUGGCAUUUUCUUUGAGAAAACAGUGUGCAACUACUCAAGCUUAUUGAAAACGUGUCUUCGCCGAACGUAACAAUUGGAACGCCGUACAGUUUACGACCGCAGAUUAAAUAAAUUUAUCUGGCAGUGGAGGGUUUUCAGGCAGCUGUACAAAGGGUACAUUGAAAUCUAAAUUGGCGCAUUAACGAAGCAAUUAAGAUCUCAUUUGACCGGGUCUGAAUGGUAAUUCCACUUGUUGCCUUUAUCGCAUUUACAAUAACAGAGAAAGUACUCUUUUCACGACACAUACAAAGCAUGCGAGCUUCUUCCUCUUUCGUUUAUUCCUUUUCUCUUAUAUUUUGCCGUGUCGGUUUAACGCGAUAACCACACACUUUCUGUAUUUAUCGGGAGAGUCAAUGAUAAAAGGCUUGAACUGAGGCUCAAACGGAAACGUCUGCUCAUAGUACAAAUUAACAGAAGGUUCUGCCAAUAUUUUCUCUAUUUGACGACUGUGAAUUAGGUGAAAGGAAGUAUGAAAGAGAGAGGAAGGGAAAAUGCAUAUACAUGAGAAAGGAAAGGGUACACCUUGGCGUGGGUGAAUGGUUUCCUCCUAGGCUUGCCAGUAGAUACUUGUUUCAGUAAAGUUAUUUGAUACACUCUGCUUUGAUUGCAAAGGUAUUCGGUGCAAUAUUAAAAACGAUAUAUAUGUAUAGGAAUAGGUAAUGAAUCAACUAGAAGCGGGAAAGGUACCACUUGAGAAGCCCUCUAGUGCCGAAUACAAAAGAUUAUACCACAUUUGAACAAUAAAAAUGAGAAACCCUUGUUUAAGUGUAUCGGUAUUUAUAUAAAUAUAUACAUAUAAACAUGUAUAUAUUUGAUACUAUAUUGUGAGGCUAAAUCUUACAAGUAGAUUAAUUAUAAAUGUAAAUCUACAUUUGUGCCUUUUCAUUGAAAUUAAAGCGAAAAAGAAUACGGAAUAAAAUUGUAUUUUUUGCAGGUCAAGCUUUAUUGUUUUCAUAAAUUAUUACUUUAAGUGCG